AUGUGGCUGACCCUUCUUACGUAUCAAUUUGCUGCACUCUUUCUCGCCCAAGCUGAACAUGCCUGCAUCGGACACUCUUCAUUCAGAAGUCCAGCUAACUCAGACAUCGAGGUCCUCUGCGGCUCUCAGACAGUGGACCUCAACAUCCUUCUGUGUCCCAUCUAUUUCAACGGAUACAAUGAGUCACUGCUGUCCCUUAACUCCCAGCACUCCAAACACCAGUGUAAAGGGACUCCUGACUGGACGGCGGACCCACCUGUCGUCAAAUUCAACUUCUCCAUCACAGAGGAGGGGAUCUCUGCCUGCUCCAGCAAGCUCUCGGUCUCUGAUGAGGUGGGAACUGGAGUCUUUGGAGACUUUUCCAAUGUCCAGUACAUCAGCAUCUCAGGCAUGAUCUGCUCUAAGGACCCUGGCAAAGAAGCCAUUACCUAUCACCAGGAGGUGAUGUACAGGUUCUCCUGCCGCUACCCACUGCAGUACCUCGUCAACAACACUCAGAUGAGCGUGUCAGGGGUCAGCCUGGCAGUCAAAGACAAUAAUGGGAGUUUCAUCAGCACACUGAGCAUGAGACUCUACUCGGACAAUGGCUACUCCUCCAUGCUGCAGAUGCCUCCAGGAGGCCUCGAGCUAAAGACCAGGAUCUUUAUAGAAGUGAAGGCAUCCAACCUCACCAGCAGAUUCAACGUGUUCCUGGACCGAUGUUACACCACAACCUCGCCUUUCCCGGUCAACACCACUUACCACGAUCUCUUUGUUGGGUGUAACCGGGAUGGCCAGACAGUAAUGGGAGUCAACGGAGUGCAGCAGGAAGCCCGCUUCUCCUUUGAGGCUUUCCGUUUUGUCCAAAGCACAGAUGCAAUAAUCUCCACCUACUAUGUCCACUGCGCCACCCGGCUCUGCGUGAACACCUUCUGUCCCAAACUCACCCAGAACUGCACCAGCAGCCCUGACUCCAGGAGGCGCCGCAGUGCCAACGACAACCAGGGCACCACAGUGAGUGACAUGGCCACCGUCAGCUCAGGCCCCAUCAUUAUCCGCUCAGAUAAAGGGUAUCCAAUGGCAUCUGGAGGCAGGUCAUUCCAAAGCCAAGGGGUCCUGAUGGCAAACGCACGCUCACCUUUAGUUGGAAGCCUCAACUUUGGAAUGCAUGGCAAAGUUGAAAUCAUCGCCAACGACCAGGGCAACAGGACCACACCCAGCUAUGUGGCAUUCACAGAUUCUGAGAGGCUGAUCGGCGAUUCAGCCAAGAACCAGGUUGCCAUGAACCCCACCAACACAGUCUUUGGACACACGCACUUACAGACCCCCUGCCUCCCAAUUACCUUCACCUCCACCGUCACCCUCCACUAUACAGGCGCAGGAUAA